AUGAGUGCUUCCCAUGCAGCAAUUGCUCCUUUGACGCCUUGUAUGGAAGGCCUACCUCCACUCCCAAAGAGCCUUAGUGGUCUGCUCAAUUCAAGCGGGGGUUCAGGGUGGAGAGAUCUGGAGAGAGUCUAUGCGCAGAAGUCCCGUAUUCAGGAUGACUUAAGUCGUGGAGGCUCCAGCGGAGGCUCUCAUACAAUACCAAAGCCGCCCAACCUUGAUGCUGCAUUUGGCUUUGCUUAGGAAAGAAAUGGUUGGGCUUAGACAACUCGACAUGUCUCUCCUGUGCCAGCUAUAUUCGCUUUAUGAAUCCAUUCAAGAAUAUAAAGGCGCUUGUCAGGCUGCUUCCAGCGCAGAAUGUUCAUAUGCGAUGGAGAAUGGUUUUUUUGAUGAGGAAGAGGAGUACUACCAAGAAGCCAGUGCCCUUCAUAAGGGUGGGAGAGAAGACUCUGAAGGAAACCUUGUUUUGACUGUACCUACCCUCUCCAAUGAGGACUGGAUACUAGAGAACAUUUGA